AUGGCCUCAGCAGGUCUGGAGAUCCUGGGACUGAUCCUGGCCGUGGCCGGGUGGCUGGGCGUGAUGGUGACCUGCGGCCUGCCCAUGUGGCGGGUGGCCGCCUACAUGGGCCAGAACAUCGUGGUGUCGCAGGUGAUCUGGGAGGGACUGUGGAUGAACUGCUCGGUCCAAAGCACCGGGCAGAUGCACUGCCGGGUCCACGACUCCAUGCUGGGCCUGCCGGUGGACCUGCAGGCGGCUCGAGCUAUGGUCAUCGUCUCCAUGGUGUUGGGCGUGGCGGGCAUCGGGCUGGCGGUGGCCGGGGCCAAGUGCACCAACUGCAGCCACGACCCGGACAGUAAGCCUCGGCUGGUGCUGGCCGCCGGGGUGGCCUUCGUGGUGGGGGGGCUGCUGCUGCUGGUGGCCGUGUCCUGGACCGCCCACGCCAUCAUCCUGGGCUUCUACGACCCCACGCUGGAGGAGACGGGAAAGAGAGAGUUUGGAAACGCUCUGUACUUCGGCUGGGCCUCCUCCUGCCUGCUGGUCCUGGGAGGGGCGCUGCUGUGCUGCUCCUGCCCCACCAAGAGGCCCGCAGCUCAAACCCCUCCACCGGACCGGACCAGAUACUCGGCUGUCAAAACCACAUCCACCAGCGGACACAAUAGGAGAGACUACGUGUGA